UUACCUCUCUACACUCUUUACAUUUUCCGGAAUAUUUUCUCAGUACAUAGAACAAGGACUCUCUAAUAGAAUAUGAGCAAAAAAUCAGCAAUUCCCAGUGCCUGGGACGACGAUUGGGAAACUCAAGCCGACGCAUGGGAAUCGGCACCACCAGCAACAAAUAAAGUAAUCGAGGAAGAGCCCAAAAUAUCCAAGGCGGAACGAUUAGCAAAACACGCCGAGAUUAACAAGAAGAUAUGGGAAUCUGCGUAUGUUACAUUCUACGUCUACAAUGUCCUUCCAUAUCAACUUUCCGCUUUAAACAACUAAUACGAUUCAUCCAUAGUGAAACCCCAGGCGGCCUCUCAGAAGAAUUUCCCUUCCUUCCACCUAAUCUCGCCAAACCCGUUCCAUUAGCUACGCCUUACAAGGCGCCUCUUACACUUCUCUCCCGUAAACCUGCACCUAGAACCAUCACCAAAAUAGAUCCUCGAACUGGUAAAACGAUCACCAUUCAAGCAGAAGAGGAAGAGGAAGUUAUUGUCCCAGGACCAAGUGCCGAAGAAUUGCGCGAAAGGACACAACGCGAACGUGAGGAAAAGCAGAAAAAGUAUGAUGAAGCCAGAGCCAGGAUUCUAGGGACUAAUGCCGCACCAAGAAGUAAUUCUGGAAAUGGAAGGGGAGGUAGUGGUAGUAGUAGUCCGAGGAAUGGGACACCGCCUCUACAGGGAAGGGGAAGAGGCAGAGGAAAUGAUAUUCGGAGACCGGAUAGUAGACCGGAUAGUAGAACUGGACAGAAAGAGUUAUUCGAUCCGAACUAUACGCCUAAGCCGGGGUCGAUCACAAUACAGAAGACAUCUAGAAAUGGGGAAGGAUCACGAUCAGGUUCGGGCACAUCUACACCAAUGUCACGAGAGAAUGAACAAAUUAUUCGAGCACCAAGGGGACCUGAUGCAACAGGUAAAGGAUUUGGGUUCGCAAAUCGAGGUGGUAAAAUGAGUUGAUUUUCUGCUCUAGAGUCAUCAACUACCAACCUCCGCCAAUUUUGCCGGCGAUUUCUAUUACUCUUUCGGCAUCCCCAGCAUUUUUGCCGACAUCACUGACAACUUCCCUAUAUGUCGUAUACACCAAUCUUUCGAGAUCUAGGCCGGUGGUUG